UCCUAAAGUCAUCUUUGGCGUCCAUCACUCAACAGGGUCCAUCCACCGGCAGACUGAUACGUCUGAGUGAUACGUGGCCAUACGCGUUCGUUGAAAGUCGUUUGUUGAAACGGUAACAGACGUGUUCCAUACGACAUCAAUUAACCCCAGUGUAUCAUAGAGACACCACGCGAGUCAGAGUCCACUUCGCCUCGUCCUCAGGACUUCUGGAGAAGGCGUAUAGGUGCACAGACGUGGCUUCAAGGAGCUGUAUCUACUACGUUGCCACUGCAGCAGUUUGGAUUAUCCCGAAGGAGAACCGCCCCAAGCACGUGGUUGAUACAAGCUUCGUUCUUUUUUAUCUGUUGGAAUUCGUUUCAGUUGACAUUUGAGAAGAUGAAGUUACAGUGAAAGUUGGGAGCAGAGAAGCCCCGAGUGAAAUUCAACAGUACGUUGAGUGCCAGGUCGCUGGGCACUGCGCUGGUCGAUGGUGCCCCGAUUCUGACGUCAUCGCUCUCCCCAGGAUACCCGUUUCCUCUUGAGCGAGUUUGACCGCGACUUGAUGGUUGAUGAACGAAGAAUGAUUGACGUCUGACACUCGUCGAAUAAAGAUUUGUGGAAAGAAAGUUCUAAAACAUUCAUCGCAGAUAUGAUGAGCGCCUUCCCUUACCCGGCGAUGUUGGGCGUCCAGCAUCUCAUGGGCGGCGGAGGUGAGAUGAGGGCGGCGGCCUCUCACCUGGCACCAAGCAGACGCCUCGACCACGAGAACGCCCACACGCCCUCGCCUUACUACCCGCGAGACGCCCACAACCACCUCCACCACCACCAGCCUUCCAGGGAAGAUCACGUCGCCGCCCGAGAGUCCAUGCACAUUUUGCGGAGCGACCUUUUGGGGCUGAACCGGGGACAGAUGAUGUCCCGGGACAUGACUGUCGGAGGGCGAGACGACCCAGGGAUCCCACGGGACAUGGCGGUCCUACCGUCCCUCGACCACAGUAUGGCCGCCAGCAUGGACCACAACAUGACAGGUAACAUUGAAAAUCAGGACCCAGCAGUAGGAGGAGGAGGAGGAGGAGGAGGAGGUCGGAUAACGCCGUCCUCCGUCAAGGAAGAGCGAGACGCCCGCGACGACGGCACGACGGGCGGCUCCUGCAGUGACGAGGACGGCGGCGGCGGCGGCGCGCGCUCGGCCGCCGUCGGUCCGCAGGGCGCCUUGGGCGGGAACGGUAAAAAAGUCCGUCAGCAGAAACACGUGAGACUUUCUAUUAACGCACGUGAGCGACGACGGAUGCACGACCUGAACGACGCGCUGGACGAACUGCGGGCAGUCAUCCCCUACGCUCAUUCUCCCUCCGUCAGGAAACUCUCCAAAAUCGCUACGCUCCUCCUGGCGAAGAACUUCAUCCUGAUGCAGUCCAACGCCAUCGAGGAGCUCAAGAGAAUCGUCACGUAUCUCAACCAGCCAGGGGCACACCUGCCCCACCUGCCGCCGCCCGCGACUGCCGCUUACGACGCUGCCACUGCCUUGCCCACAGAUACCCCGCUGCCCACGACGGCGGGGGGCUUUCCGCGGCUUCCCCCGCAGGCCCACGCGCCUCACCCGCAGCGGAAUAGCAAGCAUCAGCAGCAGCAGCCGCUGUUUUCAGAUCCAGCGUCGACUUACAAGUCGCAGUCUUAACGCCCUCAGUCUCUCAUGUCUCUGAGACUCCUAGGGCGCUCGUUUCGAAGAAUGAGCCCGUGCUGGCUGGCGCAAGGGCGGCUUAAUCUAACAGAAUCAGAGAUCGAGAAGUGAAUGUCAAAGGCGAAGGCUUUUUGAAAAUAAGAUGUAGCAUUUUAUACUACGAGGUGACCAAUAAACCUCUGGCAUGCAGAAGUGGCCAAUGCCCUGCAACGGAACGUUGUGGUGAUAUUUUUACAAUAAUACGGCAAAGGUUGAAGCGGUCUGUUGUAUUAUGAUGAAAGCGGAGAGAGGAAUUCUUUCAUUUUGAAGUUUUCUUAUGGAUUUCAUAUCAACGGAUAAAAGACGGGCAAUAUAAAAAAAAAAACCCCUCUUUGCAUUGAUAAAUAAAGCAAGUCGUUUGAUUUUGACAUCUAAAAAAUAUAUGCAAGUUGAAAUGAGGCUCAAGAAAUGAGCCUUUGAGUCUAUUGUCGAUCAGAGAAAUGACAGCAGACUUAAGACAAACCAGGGACAUGACUCCAUCUGACUCCUGGGACGCAGAUGAACGUCCCCAAGGAAGUCCGAACGACAUGCCAAAGGGCGUAUCAAGGAUGCUGGAAAAGCUGACGAAGGAGGAGGAGCUAGGAAAUGCUCCAAACAAAGCGAGACUUGGGAGCUUCUAUGAAGGAGAGCGAGAGAACGAGCAUUGUGGUUCCCCAUUUUUUUUUUUCUUUUUUUUUUAGAAUUCCAAAUGAAUUUUUUUUUGGAAACGAUGAUGAUGAUGAUGAUGACGAUUCCGUUCCAUUCCUCCAGCCGAAGACAUCAGGUCGUGUCGCCGCCACCGCUUUCGCGCCUUAACAGGUAGCCACGUAUCUGGCAUCUCUCUCUCUCUCUCUCUCUCUCUCUCUCUCUCUCUCUCUCUCUCUCAGAACAUCAGACCAAGACCUUUCUUGUUAAACACUUCAUUGACUGCAGUUCACUUUUUUCAUUUCAUUCAACAUCCAUAUUUCUCCUCGGAUCAGCGUCUACCAUAUCCUGUCUCACGUUCACUCUCUGUUUCUAUCUCUCCCUCUUAAAACAGAUAAAUAAAGACAAAAUAAAAUAGCCCUGUUGAUGCUAGGGACACUGGCUACCGAUUGUAAUCUUCCAGUUUCUUGAAUAUAUUAUUUGAAUAAUGUUCGCGUACUGCUAUUUCCCAUGACCUAUCCAAACAUGCUCUCCUUCUUCCACAUAACAAGAUAGCAAGACAAUUUUUAUUGUUUAACAAACGCCCGACUUCAUUGUAUACAUCUAAUCUUUCUGUACACUUCAGGCCAUUUAAGCACUCAUGAAACUGUAAUAUUAAAAAAGUCUGUAGCAAUUAAUUUCUUUAAACGAUAUUGGAAUAACCUGAGUGUUUAUUGUAAAAUGAAUGACUGUUUUACAACCUUCAGAAUUAACUGAUCUCGACGAAAUUGUAACUUAUGUUAUUUCCUUGCUAUUUGUUCAUUCUUUUGUUUCAUGAUUGAUAUGAGUAUUGUCACGUGUUUAAAUGUUAGUUUUCAGCUUUGGAGAUCAUUUUCAUCCUUCAUGUCUUGAUAAAGUAUCGAUUUUGUCUGUCGAACACUUCCACUGAUUUCCAUCUUGACGAAUGACCUGAAUGUUUUGUGUUUAUUUAUCAUCUUUGCAUGACAACCUACUAGAACUCUCUCAAUAUCCUACUGAUCUGUGUUCCCAAAAGCGUUAUUUCCCGACCAAUUACAAAUCGUCUACGAAGCCCGGCCCAAUCUCACCUCGGUCCCGAGGGACCGAGAGCCAAUCAUAUCUCUCGUCGCUUACGAGGGUCGCCGGACUCCGCAAGAUUAUUAUUAUUAUUAUAGAAGCCAAAUCGAAGGGUUAUUUAUAUCGUAGGUCUGAGAUAUACUAAGCCUUUCCUGUUCCAAGGAUUCUUAGCCUCAUUUAUACGAUUAAUUUCUGUCUUUUUUUGUACGUUUGGUUAUUUAUCAAUUAAAUGUUAUAUAUCCAAGUGCAAUGUAAUUACCAUUAAGGAUUAUGUAUGUAUUUUUCCCCUUUUCAUUUCUGAAUGAUUUUACCGUACUGAUGGUCAUCGAUUUGAUUGUGGCAAUGAGUGUGCCGUCAUACUUGUAGAAUUUUGUUGGUUAGUCUAUUAAUUAAUUGUCAUAAGAAAUUUUCAAAGAAAUUUUUUGUUGUAUAGAUGAUAAUCCAAACCAUAUUUGCUUCUGAAUGAUUUUAAUUUUCUGACGUGCUAUGAAUAUGAUGGAAGGAAAAUGAAUAAGACGUCUUAAAUUCUCGAAAGGACUAUAUAUAACAUUGAUGACCAUGGUGCGUUGUUAUUUCAUGCCAUUAGCAAUAUUAGACGAAAGUUGCUUAUUAACUUACGUAUGUCUGUGUCUUUUUUAUUUAUCUGGUUUUCUCAAAUUAAUAUUGAUGGGUUUUAACAAAAUUCCGCUGAGCCAUUGUUACGGACCAUGCAAGCGCUGGGCUGGAAUUUGAAAAGAAUCUGGAUCUGGAUGUGGAGUGGACCCAAGCCCCCUUUUUUGGGGGGUGGGCGGGGCGUGCUGAGGUUGAAGGAAGUAAGUUUCCCUGAACGUUUUCUUGUUGUCAUCUCUUCCAUCCAAAAUGAUUUGAAUUAUACUAAAGCACAACUUUGUUAAUGUGUAUAAUAUUCCCUGUUUUCGUUUUCGUAUAUUUCUGGAAUUUCUGGAUGAUAAUGACUAAUGUCCCUUUUUAUGUACAUUGUAUAUUUAUAACUCGUUUUCGUAUAUUUCUAGAAUUUCUGGAUGAUAAUAACUGAUGUCUUUUUUAUGUACAUUGUAUAUUUAUAAUUGUUUAUUUAUUUUACUUCCAAACUUGUCUAGAAAGAUUUUAAAAAUCUGGAUGACAUGUUCCUCAUGAUUAAUAAAUUUUAUUCUGUUAUUAUUUCUUUGUGAAGCUGAUAUUUGUUCCCUUUCAGAUUCUUCGUCAUCCCUUCUACUGUUCUUGUGUAAUUACAAAUUAAAAAUACCUUA